AUGAUUUUUGUACUUGCUACUCUAUUGGUUCAAAUAAGGAACAGAAAAAGCUCUUUUGAAAAAAAGACUCAACGACCGCCGCCUAUUACUUGCAGUGAAUUCGACACUUCUGUCAAAAAGAUUCAAACCACAAGAAGACCAUUGUAUUCUCUCUCGUUCAUUUCCAUUAGAAAUCAGAUUUUAACUCUUCUGAUUGAUUCUCAAAAGAUAUCCAUCUUGCGUGUGCUAUUUCUGCAUAUUUGUCAAGAGUGA